GCCAUGGCGUGUCUCAACAGCCGGAUCUCAUACGCUUCCUGGCGUUUGAGGAUAUUCCGGCAGCUUUUCCAGCCGAAUGGCUCCCCUGAGGUGGGAUAUCGUGCUAUGUCGACCAACAAUGGUGCACGGGAACCUCGUUCGGCGGCCUCCGCGGACAAGACAUUGAAGUCUACCCCGACAGAAGAAGCAGAAGCUGCUGCUUCUGAAGACAAGAAAGGAUUAGGCCGACCUCCACGCCCCUCCGAACUCCUCCCUCAAUCCCCCCUCCUCACCAACCCCCGCCCCGGCCACGACAAGCUACACAAGGAGAAACGCCGCCCCGACCCCAACGAAUCCGACAUCCACCUGAACCCCUGGGCGCAGGCCCUCGCCUCGCCUCUCCGAGCCUGCAAAGUAACCGGCGCGCGAGUCCCGCGCGCAUUUAUGAGCGAAUGGGGGUUUGUACAACGUCCGGACGUUGAAGACAAGCUCUGGUUGUUACCCGUGGGACUUAUGAAGGACAAACUAUAUCCCUCUUCCACAAAUCCUCCCCAAGAAGAACACACCAAAGACAACGACAAUGACAAGACCGACACCAACAAGAAAACCCGCCACCUAACCCUCCGCAUAGUCGACCGCCUCCCCCUCCUCCGCACCCUAACCUCAACCUACUGGAGCACCAAAACCAACCGUAAGCGCGAACCGCUCGCCAAACUCCUCCCCCACCGCUGGAAACACCCCCUCGGCCCCGUAACAAGCUGGGAGGAAUCGCAGCUCUCCCUGCGAGAAGACACGCCCACUUUCACUCUGAAAAUGAUGCGCCGAGACGUGGUCCAGAAACUCAAAGCGGCGUCCGACCCACCCAACACGCAGCCCGAAGCGAAGCGUCGAGUGUGGACAGUUCUGCCGGUUAGUAAGUACGGACGAGCUUACUUAGCGCGCCGGACGUGGUCUAUGGAGCCGUUCGAGCGGAUGGAGUGUUGCGGGGUGUUGGUGAUGAAUCGGCGGAGGGGGAAGCCCGGGAGAGUUACGGGGUUGUGGCCGCGGAUGCCGGAGAUCGUGUGUAUAUCGAAGGAGAAGAAGGUGGCACCGGUGUUUGAUUUGACGGUGAUGUUAGGAGAGGAGGAGUUGGAGGAAUUGAGGGAGUAUUGUCCGAGACUUUUUGGGAAGACGGCGGUGGUGUUGAGGCCGGAUAAUAAGGCGACAGUGGAGGCGAUGUUGGCACUUUGGAGGUUGAGAGGGUUUGUUAGGAGUGAUGGGGUGUUGGAACCGCCGAAGGUGAAGGUUAGGUUGAGGAGUAAGUGGAGGAGUAAUUAUCUUCUAUAACUUCGUCUCCCUAUGUAUGUAUGUAUGUACGUCUAUCACAG